CUCGCAUACGAACAUCCUCCUUUUUAAACCCGUGGGGACUCCGACGACGACGACGACGACGAAGGCGACGACUCCCUCGAAAACCUUUUCCUCUCGCGCGGCGGAGGAGACGAUUCUAGGGUUAGGGUUUCUACGGCGCCAUAGGAGGAGGGAGGAGGAGAUGAUGCGGAGCAGGUCGUCGUCGUCGUCGUCGUCGUCGUCGUCGUGGGGGCCGUGGCGGGUCCUCCACCCGGCGUACUACCUGAAGCGGCCGCGGCGCUUGGGGAUCCUCUUCGUCGUCUUCGUCCUCGCCUACUUCGCCUUCUGGGAUCGGCAAACCCUAGUUCGGGAGCACGAGGCUGAGAUCUCAAAAUUGAAGGAAGAGUUGAAUCGACUACAAGAUCAGUUGAGGAAAGCAGAGGAUCGUUCGGUGAAACCAGACGAACACUUCACUAGUGAUAAAAUGAUCGACAAAAGUAUCGUCAAAAUUGAUUCCAUUAACAAUGAAAGGAGAGAGAAAGUCAAAGAAGCAAUGCUUCAUGCCUGGAAUUCUUAUGAGAAAUAUGCUUGGGGACAAGAUGAGCUUCAGCCACAAUCAAAGAAUGGUGUCAAUAGUUUUGGUGGUCUUGGAGCAACCCUUGUGGACUCUCUGGAUACACUCUACAUAAUGGGCCUGGAAGAUGAGUUUCAAAAAGCUAGAGAGUGGGUUGCGAACACGUUAGAUUUCAACAAGGAUUAUGAAGCAAGUGUUUUUGAGACAACCAUCAGGGUCGUUGGUGGACUUCUAAGUGCAUAUGAUCUCUCUGGCGAUGGUGUAUUUCUAGAGAAGGCUAAAGACAUCGCUGAUAGAUUGCUACCAGCAUGGGAUACAUCAUCAGGCAUACCCUACAACAGAAUUAACUUGGCUCGUGGCCAAGCUCAUAAUCCCGGAUGGACCAGAGGAGAUAGUAUCCUGGCUGACUCAGGUACUGAGCAACUUGAAUUCAUUGCUUUAUCGCAGAGGACGGGUGAUCCUAAAUACCAGCAGAAGGCGGAAAAUGUCAUCAGACAGCUUCAGAAAACAUUUCCGAAUGAUGGUUUGCUUCCUAUAUAUAUAAAUCCUCACUCAGGAUCUUCAUCGUAUUCGACCAUCACAUUUGGUGCCAUGGGCGACAGUUUCUAUGAAUAUUUACUCAAAGCCUGGAUACAAGGGAACAAAACUGAACCUGUGAAGCAUUACAGAAAAAUGUGGGAAACAUCAAUGGAGGGUCUAUUGAGCUUAGUUAGAAGAACUACUCCAUCUUCUUUCACGUACAUUUGUGAAAAGAACGGUGUUUCUGUGUCUGAUAAGAUGGAUGAGCUUGCGUGCUUUGUUCCUGGAAUGCUGGCUUUAGGAUCUUUCGGUUAUGGUUCUGAAAAAGGAGAGAAAAUUUUAUCACUCGCAGAAGAGCUUGCUUGGACUUGUUAUAAUUUCUAUCAAUCUACUCCGACAAAAUUAGCUGGAGAAAAUUACUUUUUCCAUUCUGGACAGGACAUGACGGUGGGCACAUCGUGGAAUAUACUUAGACCAGAGACCGUCGAGUCGCUGAUGUAUCUCUAUCGGCUUACUGGGAACAAAACAUACCAAGAGUGGGGUUGGAACAUAUUCCAAGCAUUUGAGAAGAACUCUCGGAUCGAGUCGGGUUAUGUUGGAUUGAAGGAUGUCAACACAGGUGCAAAAGACAACAUGAUGCAGAGCUUCUUCCUCGCGGAGACUCUCAAGUAUCUCUACCUCUUAUUCUCCCCGCCGUCGCUAAUCUCAUUAGACGAGUGGGUCUUCAACACCGAAGCCCAUCCGUUGAGAAUCGUCCCUCGAAACGAUAAAGCUGAAGCGGUUUCGAGGGGAGCGGAUGCAAAUCCAAUAACUAAAGCUCCCGUCAGGCCAUUCGGCAGAAAGCAAGGGAGAUCUGAACACCAUUAAACAUCUUCUCACACAUUAUUCACAUAGAUUUUGGUAUGUCUACAACUUUUUUCCAUGCUAUUAUUAGUUGAAUUAGAUCAUAGAAAACGGACUUCGACACGCAUGUCGAAAUGACGGUCUUUGAUGGCCUUUUUUGUUUUUCACCCUCACUCUCUUUUUAUUUAAUCUGCUAGAUCAUAUUAAUAGGAUGAAAUGCCAAUGCCAUAGAAUUAGCAGAACAUCUUAUUAAUAGUUGUAUCAUUAGAAAUUAAAGAGGAGAUGCUUAACAUUUUACGCUACUCUCUCAGUAUCUUUAUUUUAUUUAUUCAGAUC